GUGAAAGUAACGGAGGGAGGAGCGUGUCUGAGAGACCACAAAGUACGAAGCUCGAAUUUCUUACGUCCUGCGACAUUAUACUGGACUUUUGUAAUUAUCGUCUGCAUUUAUUCUUGAACACAUCACAACCCCUUGAAAAUGAGUUCAUCUGAUAAUGAUGAGAGAUCUCAGAAAGAAAGCUCUGACUCACCUGAGCCCAGCGUUGUGUCUAUGAAGAGUGACCAGUCAAUGGGUUUGCCAAUAAGGUUUAAACAGGAGAAGAAAGAAAGUCUGAUUCGAGAAAAGAGUUCAGAGUCACCUGAAACCAGCGUUGCAUCUAUGAAGAGAAAGUCGACGGAUUUUCCGUUUGAACAGGCAAAGACGUCUAAAAAGAAAAAAUCUCAGAAAGAAAGCUCUGACUCACCUGAGCCCAGCGUUGUGUCUAUGAAGAGUGACCAGUCAAUGGGUUUGCCAAUAAGGUUUCAACAGAAGAAGAAAGAAAGAGACAAACUUGGCAUAUCAAAUCCUCCAGUGAUGCAGGCGGAAACUGGACUCCAGCAUCCGAGCCCAGAAUGUCCAGCAGACAAUGUUAAAGUGAUGGAGGACAAAGAGCAUCAGGGCAAUACCAGAGAACCAGACCCUCUAUGGAAACAAAGAUUCAAAUCCAAAUUGCAGGAGAAAGUUCAGAUGAUUAAUGAAGGAAUCCCAAUGUAUGGAAAUUCAAGACUUCUAAAUGAGAUUUACACAGAACUGUGUAUCACAUCGGAAUAUGGGUAUGGACACGUCAAUGAAGAACAUGAGGUCAGACAUAUUGAACAGGCAUGCAGGAGUCUAAUAACAGAGGAGUCCAUCAACUGUAAUGACAUAUUUAAACCCUUACCUGGAGAUGAGAAACCCAUCAGAACUGUGCUAACAGAAGGCAUUGCUGGAAUUGGGAAAACAGUGUCUGUGCAGAGGUUUGUUCUGGACUGGGCUGAAGGAAAAGCAAAUCAGGAUUUGGACUUCAUUUUUCCCUUUAACUUUAGGGAGUUAAAUUUUAAAAAGAGAGAAAAUCUCAGUUUGUUGGAGCUUCUCCAUUGUUUUUUCCCAGAAACCAAAGACCAUAUUGUGGACUAUCAUCAUUACAAAAUCAUGUUUAUCUUUGAUGGACUGGAUGAGUGUCGUUUUUCUCUUGAUUUCCUAAACAGCAAAAGGUUGGCUGAUCUAACAGAGUCAGCUUCAGUGGAUGUACUGUUAACAAAUCUUAUUAACAGGAAUCUGCUUCCGUCUGCAUUCCUCUGGAUAACAUCUCGGCCAGCAGCGUCCAGUCAGAUUCCUCCUGCUUAUAUUGACAGAGUAACAGAGAUCCGAGGGUUCAGUGACCCUCAGAAAGAUGAGUACUUCAGAAAAAGAAUCAGUGAUCAAACCCUAGCUAAUAAAAUCAUCACACACCUGAAGUCAUCGCGAAGUCUUUACAUUAUGUGCCACAUGCCAAUCUUCUGCUGGAUUGCAGCGACUGUUCUCGAGGGAAUGUUUAGUGAAGCAGAAACUGGAGAGGUCCCCAAGACCCUGACUCAAAUGUUCACACAUUUCCUGAUCUUGCAGAUCAAACAUCGAUCCCAAAAGUACAAAAAACAUGAAAUGGAUCCUGGACAGAUUGCAGAUGUUGUACUAAAACUGGGAAAGCUGGCAUUCCAGCAGCUGGAGAAAGGAAACCUGAUCUUUUAUGAGGAGGACAUCAUAGAGUGUGGCAUUGAGGUCCGAGAGGCCACGGUGUACUCAGGAGUUUGCACUCAGAUCUUUAUCGAGGAAGUCACUUCACAUCUGGGGAAGGUGUACAGCUUUGUGCAUCUGAGUGUUCAGGAGCAUCUUGCUGCUGUGUAUGCAUUUCUCUCAUGUAUCAAUGGAAAUCUCUCAAAACAACAAUCCCCUGAAAUCUUCGGCCUCUCCUGCAAGGCAACACUGUUAGACCUUCUAAAGGCAGCAGUAGACAAGGCCUUACAGAGUAAGAAUGGACACCUGGACCUUUUCCUCCGCUUCCUUAUGGGUCUCUCACUGGAGUCCAAUUCACUUCUCUUUAAAUGCCUACUGACAGAGACAGGGCGCAGCUCUGUGAGCAAAAAUGCUGCUGCCACAAACAAGGAAAUAACCAUGUACAUCAAGGAGAAGAUUAGAAAGAAUCCAUCAAACUACAAAUCCAUCAAUCUGUUCCGCUGUCUGAAUGAACUGAAUGACCAGUCUCUGGUACAGGAAGUUCAAACCUUUUUGAGUAAAACAGCAAAUCAUUGCCUCCAAGGCAUCAGACUUUCUCCAGUUCAGUGGUCAGCUCUGGUCUUCUUGUUGCUGAACUCAGAAAAGGAGUUGGAAGAGUUCAACUUACAGAAGUAUGCAGCAUCAGAGCAUUGUUUGAGGAAACUGUUCCAAGUGUUCACAGCGUCCAGAAAGGCUUUGCUGUGUGGUUGUAAUCUUACGAAGAAUAUUUGUAAAAGUCUGGGAAAAUGUCUCAGCUCAGUCUGUUCAUGUCUGAGAGAGCUGGACCUGAGUGAUAAUAAACUGCAGGAUUCAGGAGUCAAACUGCUUUCUGCUGGGUUGGAGAGUCCACACUGUAAAUUGGAGAUCCUGAGACUUGGUAAUUGCAACCUCACAGAGAAAAGCUGUGCAGUUCUUGCUUCAGUUCUUCACUCCAAGUCGACGCAUCUGACAGAGCUGUGUCUCAGCCGCAACAGUCUGCAGGAUUCAGGAGUGAAGCAGCUCUCUGAGGCCCUGCAGAGCCCACACUGUAAACUACAGAUACUAAGGUUGCAUGACUGUAACAUUACAGAAGAAGGCUGUGUUGCUCUUACUGAAGCUCUGAGGUUAAAUUCACACCUGAGAGAGCUCGAUCUAAGCGCUAAUGAUGUAGGAGAAGAGGGAGUGAAGCUGCUCUCUGAUAUAAAGGAGGAUGAAAAGUACACACUGGAGAAGUUGGAGCUCUGAGAUCUUCAGACCUGACCUGGUGUAAGGAUGAAGUCUUGUGGAGAUAACAGCUAACAGAACACACAUAGUCACACUUUCUCAGAUGUCCAUCAUCAUUUCUAACACACUUGCUUUGUAAUGUCCAGCUUUUCUGACAGUUGAGCAAAAUAGCUACAUUUUCCAACUUUUUGACUAAUCAAGCAAACUUAGGUGUGGUGUUUGCUGUUAGCUUCCAGGUCAACAGAAUGCCUUCAGAAUCAUAAAGAAGCUCAGAAAUAUAAUAACUUUAGUACAGCUGGAAACCUAGCUAAUGAGUGUGCUGUUUGUUGUAGAAGAUUUGUGUGUUUAUUGUUAGUGAGUUUGAGUUUUAGCUUCAUGAAGGAAUUUGGUUGUAAAGCAAUGAAUAGGAAGUGUGAUUAAUGUGCUGAAUUUGAGGUUAAAAGUGUGUUGAUUGUUAGUUAGUGAGUGUGACGUGGGAGCUCUUACAGAAAAAAAAACUCGUGAAAUAAUGUCCGAUGUUUUUCACGUGUAUUUUGCCACACAGUGUCAAACCUCAUGUUAGAAAAGCCACUGGUCGUGCAGAAGCUAGGCAAAGUCCCAUUCUAAAAAAAAGCCUGCUGCUGAGCAGAAACCCCAGUUUGGGUAGAGGUCCCAUGUUGGUCAAAAGCGUCUAAGUGAACAAGGAUCUAUGGUCAGCAAAAUUCUCCUGCUGGCUAAAGCCCAAUGCUGGGCCUCUGGUUGGGUAAGCAUGUUGGGCAGAAGUCCACGGCUAGGCAGAUGCCCAGGUUUGGGCAGAAGCUCCUAGUUGGAGCAAAUACCUGAGCUCCUAAUUGAUGAAAGGGUCAUGGUUGGUCUGAUGCUGAAGGAUGGACAGAGGUCUGAGGUUGGGCAGAAGCUCCUGAUUGGUUAGAUGUCUGAGGGUGGGCAGAAGCCUGAUGGUGGUUAGAUGCCUGAUGCCUUGGGCAAAUGGUUCUAGUUGGUCAAAUGCUUGAGGUUGUGCAGAAGCUUAUGGUUGAUCUGGUGUCCGAGGGUGGUCAGAACCCUGAGGUCAACCAGAAGCUUCUGAUUGGUGAGAAGCCUGAGGAUAUGCAGAAACCUGAGUUUGCCUCUUGUUGGCUAAAGCCCUACCAGAGGAGAAGCCCCAGGGUGGGCAAAGCUGCAUGCUAGGCAGGAAACCUGAGGUUGAUGUUGGGCAGAUGGGCCUGGUUGGUCAGAUCCUGAGGUUGGACUGAAGCCUGAAGCUGGGCUAAAGCCACAUGCUGGGCAGUUCCCAAUAAUGGGCAAAGACUCAACUCCAGGUGUUAAUAUUGUUAUAUAUGAAAACACUUGGAAGAAAAUCACAUGAAAUAUGUGAAAAACAAAUGAGCUCACAAGUUAAACUCCAAUUACAACUUUCUGUAAGGGUUAGGGUUAGGGGU